CCAGUGAUGUGCGUCGGCAGAGAGGCUGAAUCACGGCAUCCCGGCAAACUUCUGUAGCAACCAGGACCAAAAGGCAACUCCUGAAACGCUGUGACCUAUAAGCUGCUCAGCGGAGAUCAGUGCGCCGAGGAAACGUUUUGAUAGAACAUCUGGCUCCGCGCGCAAGGUUGGAGAGCUCGGGCUGAACUUUGCGUCCUUUCUCCUGCGGUUGGCUCGAAGCGCUGGCAUCGGGAGUCCAUCCUUUGUGAUGAAAUAAGCUACCAGUAUCUUUUAUUAGUACUCAAGUCUAUGUAGAGGAUAUCACUUUUAUUGCGUUCUUUCAAUAUUAUUGUAUUCUUUAUUCCGUAAUCAUGCGUAAUCAUGCGUCUCCAAACGAGGACGCACGGGGAGUGUCAGUAUGUCUUCUGAUACGUCUUAUAUUGAGUGCAGCCUCGCUGUAAAUGACUCCAAAUUAGAUUGUUUAAAAUGAAAUCUUCUCAUCCUCAAGACAGUAAUUAAUCAAUUAAAAGACAGCCUACAUCUGGGCAAAAUAAGUUUUAGUUCUUCGGACUGUUUUGCAACUCUGGAAAAGCUGACGCACCCCGUCACUAAAUCUUUUCGUUUAUACGAUUUUUUUAAAUUAUUUUUAUAGGGGGAAAUCUGUUCCCCGAAUUGGCAAAGAUUUUUAAUUGCACAGCAGUGGCCUGACUGUCGCCUGGGACUGAAUGUGUUGCUUAAAAUGGACUUGGAAGAAAUGCCGCGCAGGGUGCAUGGGAUCCAUCAUUUGAAAUCAACACAGUGACACAAUUUGAACUGAGACAGAGAGCUCCAACAUGGCCUCGGCUGCAGACAGCAGCUGCUCCAUGGAGCUGAACGGCUGGAACGUCAGUGCGAGCGGCUCUGGAGCCUCGGCUCCCUGCAACCAGAGCGUGCGACCGCUCGCCCCUUACUCCCCUGAAGCCACGGUGGCCUUCGCUACCGCCAUCACCUUGAUGGUCGUGUUCACCAUCGUGGGAAACAUCAUGGUCAUCAUCGCCGUCCUGACCAGCCGCUCCCUCCGAGGUCCACAGAACCUGUUCCUGGUGUCCCUGGCCGCUGCAGACAUUUUGGUGGCCACACUCAUCAUCCCCUUUUCCCUUACCAACGAACUACUUGGCUACUGGUACUUCAAGUCUCUGUGGUGCGAGAUCUACCUGGCCCUGGACGUGCUGUUUUGCACCUCAUCCAUCGUGCACCUGUGCGCCAUCUCAUUGGACCGCUACCUGUCCAUCUCCAGAGUCACUUACGGGCGCCAGCGGACUCCGAAGCGCAUCAAAUGCGCUAUUGUGGUGGUGUGGCUCAUUUCUGCAGUCAUAUCCUUCCCGCCUCUUCUCUCACUUAACAAGAAUAAGGCAGGCGACGCAGAGAAUGAGAGAGGACCUCUGUGCCAGCUGAACGAUGAGCGCUGGUACAUCCUGUACUCCACCAUGGGCUCCUUCUUCGCCCCAUGUCUCAUCAUGAUCCUCGUCUAUGUAAGAAUUUACCAAAUAGCCAAGCAGAGGACACGCUGCCCACCAGGAGAGCCCAGGAAGGAUGGUGUUGGCUGUGCGACACCAAGUCAGCAUCCACGACACGUAAAAGCCAACGGGACAGAAGAUGAAGACGACACUGCAUGCAAGAAAGCAUCCAAUGCCAGACCCCCCACCCUUGCUGUCACCCCUUCUCCAGCCACGGGAGACUCCCCACCGUCCCAUAACCCAAGCCCCAACAGCUUCCUGCAGCCUCCAUCCCCUUCUACAGCCAUGUCCCCUGUCACAAACCUCCCCGAUAGCUCUUCCCACGGCCCCUCCACUCCUUCCCCCGUACCCCAGCCGGCCCCCAAAGCUAAACAGGGGGGGAAGAAGGGCAAGUGUCUGAGGGGGAAAAAGGCUGACAACAACAACGGUGACAGCUCGAGCACAGACAGUGAUAUGGAGCACAGUCAAGGAGGGGGUCACGGCAACGCCAGCAUGCCGGGGUCACCCGGGGGCAUCCACUCCCCGGCUUCAGUCAAGCGCUACCGAGACAUUAUCGCCACCUCAAAGGGGGCCCGGCUGGUGCCGGGGAGAAAGUCCAAAACAGAGAACAACCCCGGAGCAGCGAGACGUAAAGCCAUGGUCAACAGAGAGAAACGCUUCACCUUCGUUCUGGCGGUGGUCAUCGGCGUCUUCGUGGUGUGCUGGUUCCCCUUCUUCUUCUCUUACUCUCUACAGGCAGUGUGUCCAGAAACCUGCGUUAUCCCAGACCCACUUUUUAAGUUUUUCUUCUGGAUUGGCUAUUGCAACUCCUGCCUUAACCCGGUCAUAUACACCAUAUUCAACAAAGAUUUCAGAAAGGCCUUUAAAAAGAUAUUGUGCAGAAGCACCAAGGGUACUUUUUUUUAGCAUGAAAACUAUGUGCCGCGUCGGACAUGGACACACACCCACACACACACAAAAAAAACUCUCUUUCUGAGACAUAAAAGAAAAUUCAUUUCCAUUUUCAGAACACUUAAAGGGCUGUUUUAAAAAUAUGUUAAUUUGUGGAAAUUCCAGCAUGAAAUUCAGAGCUGAGAGACAAUUUUGCAGCCACAAAGUGCAAACAGGCGACCUGGACUGUGAAAUCCUGGCUUGCAGCUGAUAGACGCAAAUUUUUACAGGAUGUGAGAUGAAAACAGGACAUAAAAAGGAGGCAGAGCAGGCUGACUGUGCUAAAGCGCUCAGAACUUCAGUGCUGCUGAUAAGAUUUUGAACGCAACAUUUUAUCCCCGGAUCUCAUUGACUUGUGAAUAAUGCUGCGAGACAAAGUGGUGCAGCAUCGCUGAAGAAAGUGUACACACUCUAUAAAACUGGCGGGAGAUCUAUAAGCAAGCAGGAUGGACACUGAGAAUUAACUCGUCAAUGUGAAUAAAGGGUGUUUCAUAUAGAAAAGGUUUUUUAAGCAGUCUAGGACUAACGGGUAGACAAGGCAAGUGACCUUAGUUUCCUGUGAGCCUGGGGCCUUUUAUUUAUCAGCACAGAGCACAAGGAGGACACAAGGUUAGCGGUGAUUUCUUACGUCUGCAGUCUUAAUUUGCCAUGCUGCAGGGCAAACAUGUGUUCCUCGAUUUUAAAGUGCAACAACAAGAAGAGGGUUUCUAAAGAUCUCAGAUGUUAUAGCACAAACAAGGGCGUCCUUUCAGACUAAACUUGUGGACUUUUAUGUGGAAAGCGCCCUUCCUCCUGGCCGAGGAGUCAAAAAUGGAAUCAAUCCCGGCUUUCACCUGUCCUGAACUACAAAAUUAAAUGAUGUGUGGGUUAAUUUGGUGACUUCGUGGGAAAUCACAUGUAUGUAAUUGAGAUGUGGAAAGAAGAAGGCGUGACCUCUGCCAUUAUCUUGAUGUGUUGUUUCCUGUGUUUGGCUAGACUAUCACAUUAAUGAGCUGGCCUGAGCAUCUCUUCCAGCGAGCUGCCUCAUUCUUUGGACAUUUAAGUAACAAUCAAAACUGCUGUGAGCCUCUUGAAACUACUUCAGAAAUUAUUCAUUGUGUCUUUAAUGGGAGGUGCAUCUGCUCGAGACUGAAAAAAAACAAAAAAAAACCAACUAAAUUCUUGUCAUUUUAAUUUGCAAAUAUUUACCUAAAAUCCCUGCUUCCCCAUCAGCAGCUUUUAUUAGGUAGAAAUUUACAUUAACUAUAAAUGGCAUAUGACCAAUGCAAUUAUGGAUGUGUGACAUUACCCCUAAUUACAGCUGUAAGUGUUAUUAUUGAGAACCGUGUGGCUGAGUCACUCUUUAACAAUGCCUCUUACACAUCGCCGCCUGCCGCGAACCAUAUUGGCACUUUCUGGUUUGUUGAAGAGAGGCAAGAGGGGAUGGGAGGCACACUCAUUUUUCUCACAAUGACACAGACAGACAGGAAAAAAAAAACUGUCUAACUGUGAACAGCACACGGGCUUAUUGACUCUAUGGGACAAGGGCUGUCAGCAGCAACGCAUCAAUUUACUAAUUGUAUAAUUCUGCUGACCUGUGAGAGUGUGCGUGCAUGUGUGUGUGUGUGUGUGUGUGUGUGUGUGUGUGUGUGUGUGUGUGUGUGUGUGUGUGUGUGUGUGUGUGUGUGUGUGUGUGUGUGUGUGUGGAAGAGAGAGAGAGAGGGUUUGUGCAUGCAUGGUGACUUCAAUGUUUCUGUACAAAGUGUCAGUGCCUCCUCUGGCUGCUAUGUACUACUAUUACUACUGUAAUAUUGAUAAGAACAUGGAUGUGAUUUGCUGGCACAGGCAUCACAUUGCUGUCUGUCACAUGAAUGUUUCACUCAGCGGAGAGAGAGAUCAGCAGGUGAGACAGUCUUACUGAAGUGAAAGUCAGCGCUUAUCCGUAAUGCUGUCCGAGUACACGGCUUUUUAGUGACCAACCUCAAGGGACCAAAGAGCCUUAACGGACACCAGCCUGACUCAGUGAUAUCUGUCUCUCAGUGUUGUUUUUAUAAAGUGCUGGUUUAUUUUCGGUGUGUGCGAUACAAAGAAACAGAUCGAAAAACACAGGCUAUUAUUUAUUUCAAACUACCCUGUGUUUUCCUGUCAGUCAUCUAUUUAUUGUCCAAUUGCUGUGCUUUUAUUCUGAAAAUCAAGCAAACUGAUCAAAGAGAAAAAACACUGUACAGAUUUUUAUUUCUUGAAUGAGAACAAAAUUGGCUUAUGGCAUCAAGCUCUUGCUUUGUGAGACUGAGAUAUACAAUAUGUUUAAGUUUGGACUUUGUAUUUGUGUUCAAAAUGAAGGUUCAAGAACUUUGAGUAUUGUGCACAAUGCAGAACCUGCAAUGCAACAUUUGUCAUUGUUUCAUCUAGCUAUAGUACCAUAAAAUCUCUCAUAGAAACAAGCACAUUUAUGGAUGUACAAUUAAUCAAGCAAUCUGCAGCAGGAAAAACUCUCCUCAGCAGUGCCACUGUUGUCAAACUUUACCCAGAACAGUAAUCGAGCAUGAAAAUGUCAAUAGCGCCAACAGCCGGUUUCAGUUGGAUGAUUCGUAGGACAUUAAAGCCACAAUCCAUAUCACACAGAGCUGCUGGGAGAUUCUAAUGGCUGAUUAAAUCAAAUUGUGAGCCAGAGCUCCGUGCACUUGUUUAAGCGUUCCCUGCACUCAUUUGAAAGAGUUAAUCUUUCUCUCCAGUAAUGCAAACAGCUACAGCUACAAAAAUAUAACAAAAUUAACCACAGAGGUCAUGGAUUCAUGGCGGUUUCCAAUAAAUAUGAGUUGAUACGCUGCUCAAACACGCCAGCCAUAGCCUCAGGUGGCGAAACUGCUGCUUUGUUUAUUUAAAAAAAAAAUAAAGAGUAUGAUUUAUGGCUUAAAGGUGACAGAUGCAGUAACCUGCCGCUUGAUCACCAUCCUUUCCCCUCAAAACCCCUUUGUAUUGUCUCCUUCCAACUGUGUUUGGGCCAAACUGCUUGGUCUAAGCUUUACAAUCUCCUAUCUCCCAUCUGUCAUCAGCCCC